AUGGUGGACACACCUCAGUCAAACACCAAGCUGAACACUGAGCUGUGGAACACAGCUAGUGUGAACAUUGUACAACUGGCUGAGGAGGAGGAGGAGGCCAAUUUUAACCCUGUGGUCAGUGCAUUUAAGUUCUAUGUUCAGCCUUGUAUGGCUGAGCUAUUGGGUUCAACUCUUUUUAUCUUUAUUGGCUGCACGUCGGUCAUAGAAAAUUCACCAGAUACUGGGAGUCUGCAGCCAGCUUUGGCACAUGGCCUGGCACUAGGCAUUGUGAUUGCACUGUUUGGAGAAAUCAGCGGUGGUCACUUCAAUCCUGCUGUCUCUGUGUCUGUCUGCCUGGUUGGGGGUCUCAAUGUUCUCCUGCUGGUACCAUAUAUAGUGGCUCAACUGUGUGGAGGACUCAUUGGUGCCAGUCUGGCAAAAGCAAUCUCUCUACCACACAAUUACUACAAUGCAUCCGGUGGUGCAUUUAACAUUGUCCAAACCCAAUCUCAGAUUGAGGCUGCUGUCAUAGCCGAGGUGGUAAUGACGCUGUUCCUGACCAUGUCUGUGUGUAUGUCAGCGGUGAAUGGCAAGACUCGUACCCUACUUGGUCCAUUCUGUAUUGGACUGACAGUAACGGCUAGCGCCCUAGGAGGCGGUGCAGCGUCUGGAGGGUGCAUGAACCCAGCGCGUGCAUUCGGACCAGCAGCAGUGGCUUUUUACUGGACAUAUCAGUGGAUCUACUGGGUCGGGCCUAUGACUGGUGCAUUGCUCACGGCUACUUUUGUUAGGUUGUUUCUUGGUGAUGAGAAGAUCAGACUGCUGCUGAAGUGA